CAUUACUGCUGAUAACGUCAUUGCUUUUCUAUUACGUAUGCCAUUAUCGGUACUCUACAUAAUAAAGUGUUUAUGAUAGAGUUUAAAGGUCACUGUGACACAGCAGGUGACUGUAGUCACGCAGCAUUUCAGUACUGUCAUAAGAAAAGACUUGUGGUUAACCUGCACAAGACCUCACCAAAAAUGCUUGCACAUGAUGAGAACACCGUCAUGAGAACAUGAUACGUGUUGCUUCUAUCACAUUGUCAUGCUUCUAUAGGUUGACCACGAUGGGACCUGAACUGCUGGGAUCCAACACCAAACUGUCCACAGCUGCUUUUCUACAGAACCUUCAAAGAAAAACGGAACAAAAAGCAACCACGUUUCUACCUUCAUCACAGAGUGAAACCUUUGGUUGAACUUUUCAGCUGAUAACAAAAAUGUCCCAGUUGGACAAUCAGUACACUAAACUGCGAUGGUUAUUAACCAUCGCCGGACUGAUCCUGUAUAUUUUUGACAUUUGGACAGAUGUCGGACUGGCACUGAAAUAUUUUCAGCAGGAACAUUAUGUGUGGUCUGGACUGACGGUAGUGUUUGUUCUAACUGGGCUCCUGGUGACUCAAAUCUUCAGCUAUGCCUGGUACAGGGACGAUAUGAAUGAUGUUAUAAUCAACGCUGAGGGGAAAACAACCAUAUCAGGCAUGGACAAAGGUGGACUCGCUGCCCUGCACGUAUUUGGGAUGGGAAUCUUCACCAGGUAUUAUCACCUGCUGAAAAAUGGCUUUAAAGUGGUUUGGACGAACUCCUGCACAGAGGAAGAGAGGAAAGAUGCUCACCAUAAGCUGUUCUGCCUGGCUACUGAUCUGAGCAUGCUCAAACUGUUUGAGGCUUUCCUGGAGAGUGUCCCCCAACUCCUUCUGCAGCUAUACAUAGUGAUGGGCCACAAUGAAUGCUCAAUCAUGCAGUAUUUAUCCAUGGCGUUCUCCUUCUUUAACGUUGCCUGGGCCCUGGUUGACUAUCGUCGCUGCCUGCGCAGAUCCCUCCCCCACAUGAUGGAGAUGCCCUCUGGCAUCCCCACAGCAGUCUACCUCCUCUACAAACUCUGCACCAUCACCAGCCACAUCCUCAGUUACACCCUCCUCCUCGUUUUGAGCCCCUACAGCGCUAUAGCCCUCACCGUCCUCUGGCUGCUGGGUACAAUCUGGACACAUGUGCUUCAGACCAGCUUCUGCUCAUCCAGAAGGCUUGAGUUCCUGUACCGAGCAGUCAUCGGCGUCAUCCUCACCUUCACCUUUUUUAACGUGAAAGGACAGGGCACCAAAGUGGCUAUGAUCAUCUACUACUCUUUCUAUACUUUCAUAAACAUUAUGGCUCCUUCACUGCUGGCCUUGUUGAAGCCAGAGCUGCAGAUGGCCACGUUUCUGCUGACGGUCAGUGGUUUAAUCUUUGGAGGUUCGGUGCUGGGGCUGGUGUGUCUCGUGCUCUACUACCUCCUCUUGCAUCCCAGAGAGAAGUGGCGAGAGGCAGACGAGGUGGACGGCCUGGGGAACGAAGCAGAGGUCACAAGGAGAAUAAGGAACUUCUUACAGCCUUGAUGAUCGAUUUCCAAGCCUGGUUAUGGAAGUUAAAUACUUAAAUGCAAUAUAGUUGAGUGUCUGUUUAUUGUUAUUUUAAUAAAAUUGUAGUUGAAUUAAAUAUUUAUUGUUAUUAUAUCUAUAAAAAGUAAUAAUUUAUUAAUCCUAAUGGACGGCUGGCAUUAACUCCUAGAUGUUAUAUAUCACUGCAACCAAAACUAUCCAUUAAAUGUAAUGUAAUCAAAUCCAAACUCUAUUUAUUUUCGUCAAAAUAAUUUCACAAAGGCACAAUAAGCAUAAAUGUUAUAUUUAUACUUGCAAGCUGCUUUCUCUGUUUUUCUUCAAACCUUCUUGCUGUCAGAACUUUAACAUACAGUCAAGUUUACAACCCUGAAUCCAAAAAAGUUUGGAUGUUGUCUAAAACAAGAAUAAAACAGAAUGUGGUAAUUUACUAAUUAUUUAUGAAAUAUAUUAAAUUGGAAACUGUACAGUAUAUUGUAUAUUCAAACUUUUGUUUUUGUAAAUAAAAAGCCUGAAUACUGAA